AUGACCUAUCUUCAAAAUGUCAAGAAACUGCUUGAACGUAUCGGAUUCCAGCGUCCAUGGCUGGUAGCCGCUACCUCCGGAGCGGCGAUGUUAGUGGCUUUCACCACAUGGUGCAUCCAAGAUUAUCGCGAUUACCUCGCUCUUGGUCCUGGCGGUCCUCCAUAUAAUGUAAGAGGAUGGGCAUGGAUAACAUUUGGCGUCCGGCCUUUUGCGUUGAGUCAGUCCGCGGCAACUUAUGUUGCUGACUACCCUACAUCUGGAAGCCAUCCAGAGAUCCAAAACCUCCCGCGCCGAGAGGGAGACAGAGCACUCCUGGGAGGAAUCGCUCCCCAUCGUCAGUUAUCACAACAUGCCCCUGAGCGUAUGAGAACUUACAUCACGAAUCUUUUCACCAACGCGGCGCGACAACACCCAUCGAUCCUCGAAACGAAGAAAUCGCUGUACGAACGACAUCACGACGCGCUCUUUGUUGCGCAAGACAUACUCGAAUCGCAACCCGAGAGCCUUCCCAAGACCGCCAUCAUUGCCAGAGGCGAGCUCGGUCACGCACACCCAGAUCUCUCUGUCCAUCUAUACCUGUCCCCCGCAGAUGCUCGCAUGGUUAUCGAGAAAGGCUGGGCUGAGCGACACCGGCUAUCGGUCCCUGAGACCAGCUGGGUCAAGAACAAAUACGCUGUUGCUAGCACAUAUUUGAUGAUUUACGGACCCCGUGAUGAGAAAGAGAUGGAGACUUUGAGAAUCAUUUUUCAGAACAGUAUUCGCUUCAUGACAGGCCGUUCCGAGGUAGAAAAGGUUGAGUGGAAGGAAAUUGUUUAG